AUGGAUGUUACAAAUCUUUACACGAAUAUUACCACCUCUCUUGGUCUCAAGGCACUUGAAUACUGGAUCGAUAAAUAUCCACAUAAAAUUCAUUGCCGUUUUAGCAAACAGUUUAUUCUAGAGGCCAGUGAUAUAGUUUUGAAAAAUAAUACAUUCUCAUUUGACGAUAAACAUUAUGAACAACGUAAAGGAACUGCCAUGGGGACAAAAAUGGCUCCAACUUAUGCCACCCUCACCCUAGGAUACCUGGAGGAAAUCAUGUACGAAAAAACAAAACAACAUUUUGAUGAACAGACAUCAGGAAGUAUAAAAAGUCAUUGGAAAAGAUACCUGGAUGACUGUUUUAUCAUUUGGAACGACAGUGAUGCUAACUUAGAAGCUUUCGUAAAUUUGAUGAAUGACCUGGAUCCAGACAUCAAAUUUACAAUGGACAAAAGUUCUCAGAGUAUUCCAUUUUUAGAUAUCCUAAUAACGAAACACGAGGAGCAUUUAUCCACUGAUAUUUACUACAAACCAACAGAUACCCAUCAAUACCUUCACUUUAGUUCCUGCCAUCCAAGCCAUACAAAACGCGCAAUUCCUUAUAACUUAGCAAGACGAAUCUGCACUAUAGUUAGUGACAAAGAAAUAAGAGAUAAACGUCUAAGUGAAUUAAAGACGUUUCUCCUUCAACAGUAUUACCCUAUGGGUAUCAUUGAAGAUGGAAUCAAAGAGGCAAUAAAACUGGACAGAGAAUACCUUAUUAAUCCAACCAGAAGCCAAACUUCAGAUUUAAAGAUAUUACCUUUGGUCACUACUCACAAUCCGAGAAACAAGAAUAUUACUUCAACCGUUCGUCAACUAAACAAUGUUCUAAAGACCGAUGAGGAAAUGACCAAAGUAUUAGAAAAGUAUACGUUUAUCAACAGCAAACGACAACCAAGGAAUCUACGAAGGAUAUUAUGCAAAUCCUCAUUCCACCAACAACAUUUAUAUUCAGUGAAGAAGUGUUCCGAUCUCCGCUGUGGAACCUGCAAUUACAUGAAAACUGGAAGUACCUUUAAUUUCGGGAAUAAAGACUUUACCGUAAAGGCAGACAUGACAUGCGAGUCUAAAAACGUUAUUUAUUGUAUUACAUGUGCAGGAUGUGGACAAUUCUAUAUUGGGGAAACUGGAACCACACUACGUACACGUAUCCGCAUACACAAACAGCACAUUAACCAACCUGAAUACCGUAAAAUAAAUGUAAGUGGACAUCUUGAUAUUUGUGGCCGGGGACAAUUUUCAGUAUUUCCGUUUUACCAACUUUAUACAGACAAUGUGGUGCAAAGACGGGAAAAGGAGAAAUACUUUAUAAAACUGUUAAAACCAUCACUAAAUAGUUCACUUUAG